AUGGACAGUUCUUCACUCUACUUCGACAGGCGAGAUAAACUCGAUAGCCCCGUGGUGUCGCCAAUUCUUGAUCGGUUUAUGCCCCGCGCAGCCAUGGAAGACUCCGCCUACUUUACAACGCCAAAUGGGGCCUUUUCCACACUCCAGGGCGAUGCUUACACGCUCGCACCUCGCAGUGUUGACCACCGUGACCCCACGGGAGGGGCUUUCAGCCUCGACUUCUUGCCAACGGCUGAUACCAUGCCGCGAGCGUAUCCGGCGGGGACUCUAGAUCCCUCUGUAACGACUAACACAACGAGUCCCGGGGACCCCACCUUUUGCGACAUUGAUCCAUCCAGAGCCCUCUAUAACGACCGAGAUAGCUCUGAGGAAUGUCUCAGUGGCGGACUCCACGGCCAGGCCCCUGUCACCUUUGAUAGCUCCUACAGCUUCCUCCCCUCCCCCGGAUGCCGAAGAAGUGCGAGUAGCGGUGCGCCCGCCAAUGGCAAUAAGCAAAGGGUCGAGCGCAAGAAGCGCAGGCGACACUCCACGCCCGUUGUCUCGGCCAAGGACAAGCAGGCCCCUGGCGGCCCUGGCGGCCCUGGCGAUGAGAAACGCCGCUCUACAACGCAGCUCCGCACCGCCUCACGCGCGCCCAAGCGGUAUAGCCAAUCGACAGCACGUAAGCCCGCCGAGACCGCCGAAGAAGUCAAGGCUCGGGCGGCGCACAACCAAGUGGAGCAGCAGUACCGCAAAAGGCUGAACGCGCAAUUCGAGAGACUCCUCGCUGGCGGUGGCUGCCGCAUGGGCAUGGAGAAGAGAAUCAGCAAGGCCGAGGUUCUCGAUUUGGCGCGGCGGCGCAUCAAGCUGCUCGAGCGGGAACGAGCGAGUUUGGAGAGGCAGAAGGACGAGCUUCUUGGCAGCGUCGGCAGGAUGCAAGAGGAGUGGACCAGAAGACUAGGCGGUCCCAUGCCCACAGCAGUCAAGGUUGAGAGGUGA